AUGGACGUUAUCCUGUACCUAGCCGGCUUUAGAACUCGGAGGCACCGAAGGCAGCAGCCUCAUUCCGACGCUCACAGAGCAGAUUCCAUGCGCCGUAGACUUCCGACCAACAAUCGCACAGAACCGGCGAUACAGCUUGUGGCGGCUAACAAUGAAGAAACCAAUCAUACAAUUGAAGAAGCACGCGAUGUAGAUUUGCCCGAUACACCUAACGCUGGCGUACCUGAGGCGAACAGCAGCACAUCUCUGGAGAUGAAACUGAACGACCUCAUCGAACUCGUUACCUCGCUCACCACCUCAACCGUGACCAGGCCUGAAAACAUAGGCUUUGCCCAGUCACCAACUGGUUUGGUUAUCAACACCUCGACGGCGGAGCGAGCCAUUAAUGAGCAUCAGCCAACCGAUGGUUUCGUUGAAGCAACCGCGGCACCUCAACAAGUCAACAACCCAAACACCCCUGGUCAAAUCCCACCCGUGGCUGGCCAAGGCUCGAGUCUUGAGGAACAGAUGAACAGUCUUGCGGUCAUUGUCACCUUCUUGGUCCUCAUGUUAGCCGAGAGAGCCCAAGCCCCCGUCCCGCCCGAGGCACCCGCCGCCGGUCCUGUUGAAGCCUCAGCACAGGAGAAAACCAUGCCUCCAUGCAGUCAAGACCGCACCGAAACAGCCCAGACAACACCGCAAGCCGAUAAAACUAGCACUGACAGUGCCAGCACGAGCACCAAAAGCACGCAGCUGCCGUCCACGCUCAACGAGUCCCGAAGAGCAUCAACUGAACCGCCUCUCCAAGCGACAAAAAUCAAACUCCCAAUGUCAGAUCAGCACCAACAGAGCAAGAAGAAGCACAACACCGCACCGGUUUUUAUUUUGCUGGGUCUCACAGAUUUACUGGUCUAUUUCUCGUCGGUCAGGGUCCUUGUGGAAUGUCUGGUCUUUCCCGUGAUCCUGUUUGCGCUUUACCUCUGCUUUGGCAAGUCCGCCUGCUUUUGCUCGUGGACCUGGAGACCGCGCAUUCGGAAAGAACAGGUCAAGGCGGCUUGGGCUCAGUUGACCGGUGGCGGGGUUGGCGUGGGCCUGGGGACUGGCAAUGAGGAAAGAAAAGCUCGAGGCGUCUCUGUUUUGCCGAAAUGGCCCCUCCGCAUGUGCCCGACGAUACCUAUCAUGAGGGAGCGGUGCUUGAGAUUCAGCGACAUCUACCACCGGAACCAUUUGGCAUUUGUGGGACGCAUUCGCUAUAAACUCCCGGAGAAGAGAAGCGAGUGGAAUGCGUUCUGGUCGAGUGCCACCUACUGGUGUCGGAAAAGCCGAGUCGAGCUUAUUUUGGCUCAUCCCCCCAUCACGACAACCGAAGUCAAGAAUCCUGAAAGUCGCAAGUUCACCAUCACUCAGAUCAUUCAGUUCAAUGAGCAUACGGAAGGUCAAACGGUCUUCGAGGGAGUCAUCAUAUCGGCGAACGGAAAACGCAACGAAGUGAUCGCUAAAGUUCACGACGGCGCUUAUUACUCUCUGGAUGAACGCUUCGGCAACUCUUGCGACACCGCCUGCCCGGAUGUGAUGACGAAAGCGGACCUGCAUUAUUACACUGAGUCCUCGCGCAUAUGAGGAAAUUCGCACUGCUGGCUUUGCCGGGUCCGUUGUUCCCGACUUUUACGGGGCAUGGACAAUCUCGCCCGAAUCGGGCGACGGUGUAGUACGCUCUAUCCGCAUGAUUUUUCUGGAGAAGAUACACGGCGCUUGCGCGAUGGAAAAGAUGAUCACCCAGGCGACUACGCAGGAGGCACCGCAUUCUUCCUUCGACUCAAGUCGGUUCGCUCCGCUGACCCAAGAGUUUCUCAACUCCCAGCACCACAAUAAAUAGGAACCUAGGGUGCUUUAUUUAUUGGAACAACCUGGUCGAACCGCUCACCCGACUUGACAUAAGAGUCUCAGUGUGGGUGUGUGUGUGUGUGUGUGUUGAGGCGAGCAAAUGGAAAUUCGAGGGCAAGCAAGCGUUAGUGAGGUUGAGGUAUUGGUGCAGGAGACGUAUGGUGAAUAUGAGGAGCUUGGGGUUGGUGAGUAAGGUAUCUCGUCCCAUCCCUGAGGCGGAGAUCAGCAUGCCUAUCGACCCAAUCUUGUAGUAGAGAAUCUCGUUUCUAGAGGGUAUAUCGAUCCAACGGG